UCGAAGCAUCAUUUUCAGUAUGUCGAAAAACAAAAAUCCAAAGAUUCUCGAGAUGCCAAAAAGUUAGACAGAACUUCAGUGCAUAGAGCCGUGAGCGCUAUAAAAUUGAAACGCUCGCCCAAACUCGACAAUAUGUCGGAGCGCAGGAAAUCGCAUACAGAAACAGAGAAAAAUUACACUAGAAAAUCUAAGCCGUCGAUAAAAACUCUUACGUCGAAAUUGGACACGCGCGUACACAAAGCGGUCAACUUCGUCGAUCUGCACGCUCGAAAACCGCUGGACGCAAAAAUACCAAAGUACCCUAAACCGAAGUCCAAAAUACCUAUGAUUGUAAAAAAUAGUAAAACGCCUCAAAGCACAAAGCGGUUUCGUAAGACAGUGCGGUAUCCUUCGCCGAUUUUUAAAAGCGCGGAAUCGAUGCCUACAGAGAUAGCGAAGUGGGUACCGGAGUCGGUUGAUCCACAUACGAGGCCUUAUUACGACGCUUGGGUGACCAAGACUGCCACAGCCUCUAUGAAGAUGUUAAAGGAAGCAAAUCUAGACGAGACCAAACUUCUUCGAAGGUUAGAAUUGGAGAUAAAGAGGUCACCCGAGCUUCGGUAUAGAAAGUUUGCGGAAGAAGAGUAUGCGGGGAGGAUACGGGUAAAGCGGAGGGUAAAGUGAUGUCCUGUCAUUGUGCUGUUUUGUGGAUAUAAGAGACGUUUUUAU